AAAUUAAUUAAACUGUCAAACGGUUUUAGUAUAGUGCGUUUUUCUGAUUCUGCACGUGUUUUGUCUACAAUCGAAUAUAAAACAUUUGUUCACUUUGAAGUGAAUUCUACGUAAUUGAGUUAGUAGGUAGUGUUAUUAAAGUUUACUUAUCACAGUUUAGUAUUUUGUAAAAACACGAUGUCUCAACAGCAAACCAAAAAUUGUAUCACACUCCAAGGGUCUGCACAAAUAAUUUGCGAAUAUCUGAAAUUCGCCAUAAAUUCAGUUUUAUUCCAAAGAGGUUUAUGUUCUCCAGAGACGUUCAAAACCGAACAACAAUAUGGAAUUACACUUUUACUAUCGGAAGACGCUGAAAUUAAGAGCUUUUUAACCAAAGUCUUGGCUCAAACUGAAGAAUGGAUACUCAACAAGAAAAUAAGCAAGCUCUCCCUCGUAAUUUUCAAUGUAGCAAACGAGGAAAUCUUAGAAUGCUGGGAUUUCAACUUGCAGUAUGAAGAUGGUGACGCAGCAUUAUCAAAAGAAAAUAAUGAAACCAUAGGUAGUAAAGACUUGAAACAAAUUCAACAGAAAAUUAGAGAGGUCAUGUUGCAAGUAGCUGCAACAAUAUCUUACUUACCGUUCCUAGAUAGUAGGUGCUCAUUUGACUUUUUUGCAAAUGUUAAAGCCGAUUGUGAUGUGCCUGAGAACUGGACUGUAUCAGAGCCCGUAUUUAUAGCCAACGCACAAAACGUUCCAUUCAAAAUAUUCUCCACUAGCCUUCACAAAAUGGAAACUGUAGUUAGUUAUAAGUUUGUAGAUUAGUGUAAUGUAGGUAAGUUUACUUUCAGCAUUUUAUGUAAGCACCCUGACUUUUUAUAGCAUUUUUUGCUUGAAUAAAAUUGUCCACAGUACUUGCAGUAUUAAAUUUAAUUUUUGAUUUAUACUUUGUUUUCUAGUUUGUAUGAUUUUUCCACCUGCAGAACACAACAUUACAGUAUAUUAAUAUAAAGAAUUACUUUUGUUGUCUUUUAGCAAUAAAAAGGUUAUAAAUAUAAUUGUGAUGUUGUGUAUUCAGGCUCAAGAGCAACUCACUCAUAUUGUUUGUGUAGUAAAAACAAACACAAAAUAGUCUUCUACUUAUGUAUACUUACAUAAAUUGUUAAUAAUCAUACAUUACAUGUCGUAAUCAUACAGUUCUCGUUGUAAUGUUCACUUGCAAUUAAUUUCUGAGCACAGAUGCUGAGUGGUAGUCAGUGUCCAUCACGUAGGUACCAUUGUGUCCCUUCUACCUGGAAAUGGUUUCUACAAACUGUUCCAGGCUACUAUUACAUUUUGCAUGAAUGUAAUUAUGUCUUGUAUGAAAAUAAAAUAAGUAAAUAUUUAGGGACAAAAAAAAACGUCCAUUCUUGAAUAUUACAAUAAAUAGGUAACAAAUUUGUGUUUAUUAUGUCUCAUAUCGUGCAAUAAAGCAUGUAGGUGCUUUAAACGAAAAAAUGUAGUAAUCUAAGUAGGAACUUCGAUUUUAUGGCACACAUAGCCUUUUUGUUAAUAAAUUUAUCCAGUCUAUAAUAAAAAGAAAGAAUUAUAAA